CAUUGAAGCGGAAAGUACAGACCUGGCAGCAUGAAACGAUUGUCAACCUUCAGACCGAAAGCCAAGUUUCAGAUUAUGAUGUUGGGUAAUGCGGCCGUGGGAAAAUCCUCCCUACUUCAGCGCUUCAUAUCAGAUGCGUCGCCGACAAUAUCGCAGCCGAUGGCAACAAUUGGCGCAGAAUUCAAGGUGAAAAGAGUCUGCCUAGUCGAUGGGGUCGUCAGGCUGAAAAUCUGGGAUACUUCCGGUCAGGAACGAUUUAAGGACUUGCUACGCACGUAUUAUGAUCGUUGUAAUGGGGCUGUCAUUGUAUACGAUAUUCAGAAUCGCGAGAGCUACGAACAUGCUCAGGCAUGGGUGACAGAGCUCAGAGAAAAAAUUUCGCGAGAGCUGGUGCUUGUUUUAGCUGGCAAUAAGGCGGAUAUGGACAUAAUACGUGAGGUCACAAAGUUUGAAGCCGAAGAAUAUGCUACACACCAUAAUUUGAUAUUCCUGGAAACGUCUUCGGUGAACGGCAUGAAUGUCAACAUCUGUUUCACGGAAAUGGCUAAGGCGCUAUAUGCACAGCGAAACCAGAGUCAAAAGGGGAAAAAAAGCUCAAAUUUAAAGGAAACAACAUUAAAUGAACAUGACGAAAAAGAAGAGAUAAAACCGAGUUUUUUCAAUUGCUUUGGAUCGCAUAGCAAUGCCUCAAAGUCAACUUAAACGGAAAAAGUUGCUUGGCUUCGUCUUUUUGAAUUUCACUCGAAAUUUGAAUUUUGGCGGUCAAAUUUCAACAUGUUAAGUUGGCUGCGCCUGAGCCAGAAUGUUCCUAAAAUCAAACAAGAAAAACUUACCUCUCGGAGAAUCAAAAAAAUAUGGUUGUUAUUAACUCAUUCUAUUUUUUAUUUGGAAAUUAUAACUCGA